ACCCAAACACAAAUUCUAUUAUAGUUCCUUAGACAAUUUAACCUGAGCUGUUUUGUGUUAUGUUGAGCUUAGAAGGUAAGACUUUAAUUUGCACCUUUACCCAAAGCAGUGUUGUGUUGUGUUCCACUACUUGAACUAUCUUAUGUGUGUGGUUGAGGCUAUACUAUAAAUUACACUCUCUCUUCUUUAGUGUUUCACAUAACCGUGAGUUUCAUAAAUAGAGAGAAAGUAUAUGCCUUUUGUUAAAAGGAUGUGAAGAAAAAAGAAGGGUAUCAUCAUGUCUUUUAUUGGGUUAGGUGUUGCUUUAAGCGUUGUGUUUGGUUUUCUCUUGUUGGCUCUGGUUGCUGAACUCUGCUACUUGUUGCUUUGGAAGAAGAAGAAGAAGAAGGAGGAGAAUACUGAGGUUGAAGAGCUUGAAAAGGGUGUGCUUUAUGGUGUGUGUUGCAGCAACAACAAUUCUCUGAGUGUUGUUGUUGCAUCUGAAGAAGAAGGGAACAACAAGGGUGAAGCUGAUUUGGAUUUGGAGAACAAAGAUGUGGUUUUGAAGAAUAAUGGGGUGGAAGAAAGUGUGGAACUUGAGUUGAUGAGGCUUCACAAUCUGGCUGGUCCACCAAGAUUCUUGUUCACAAUCAAGGAGGAAACAAAGGAAGAUUUGGAAUCUGAAGAUGGGAAAUCAAGGUGUGGUGGUGAUGGUAGGAGCAGAAGAGGUUCAAGAACAAGGAGUUUGAGUGAUUUGAUGGUUGCAAUUGACACACCUUUUCUUAAUUCAAUGGUUUCUUCACCAUUGAGGAACUCUUUGGAGAAUCUUGAAGGAUUCAACAACCCUCUCUUUGAAUCAUCUUCACCACCAUCUUCUUCAGAGUUCAAUAACAGGUUUAUUAGGCCUUCAUCAUCACCUCCUCCAAAGUUCAAGUUCUUAAGAGAUGCUGAGGAGAAGUUGUAUAGAAGAUUGAUGGAAGAAGCUCAGAGGAAGGCACAACAGAAUCAGAAUCAGAAUCUUGUAGCUGAAACUACUGAGGUUAAAGUUAAAGAUUCCCCUAAUUCAACAACAAUGCUUAGUGUCAUUAACACCAACACAGAAAGAGAACAGAAACAGCUUCAUCAGAAGAAUCUACCACACUUUCCUUCAAGUUCAUCACAGAUUCUUCCAUUGGAAUCUUCUCCUACAACACUCACACCAGUUCACAAGCCAUCCAUGGUACAUUAGAUCUCCAAAUACUAGUCUUUUUUUUUUUCCCGGGAUUUUUUCAAGAAUGUGAUUAAUCCAUUUUAGAGUGUAGUUUAGACUAAUUAAUAUUCUGAACUUGAAUUCUCUCUAGGGUUGUAGUGUGCUGUUAUUAUUUCACCAACACCCUUGGUAAAAAUACUACUAGUCUUUAGUUUUAAUUUUUUAAUUUUAAUUUUAAUUUCCCUCCAUAUGUUAAGUUAAUUGUAUUAAUUGACACUGUGGUAAUUAUGCUUCUCUCUUUUUCUGUUCUCUAAUAAUUUGUGUACUUUUGAAAUGAUUGUGAUGGACAAGAAUGUGCUGCAAAAUUUGCAAAUUAGCAUGCUGUUAAAACAGUUAAUGAUUCAUGUGAAUGAUGGUGGUUUGAUCGAUGCAUUUAUUUAUGCAUAU